UCGUUGCAAUACCGCAAGUGGCCGCUGGAAAAUAAGUGGCGGAAAGGCUGAGCGCUGUUCCUGAGGGGCUGAUGCCUACCUGAAAUCAGCUACCAACAACACAACCAGUACUAACAACCCUCUUCUAAGAGGAACCGCUCCGAGUUAAAUCAUUAUUAUGGGGAUGUAAGAGGAGGGCCUUGCUUCGAUCAACAUGGCGGACAACAAAGCGCAGGGGCUGGGGUAAUAACCGUAACAGCGGCGCACUCUGAUUGCACACAUCACUAUGGAUCAGGUUCACAACUCCCACGAAGGCUUCAACAACAACAACAACAACAGCCCAUUUAAUAACCACUACCCAAACUAUAGACCCGGCUAUGGGAAUAGUGGAUACGCGGGAAUAAUGAGUCCCUCACGCCAGGGGAAUAACCUGAUGGGCCCGGGAACCAAAGCGGCUGUGAUUGCUACGAACUCCCCGACUGGAAGCGGAGGGUUUCAGCAACGGUUUCCCGGACAACAGUGUCCGCAGCAACAGCACCCCUCCGGAGCUACACCGACUUUAAACCAGUUAUUGACGUCUCCCAGCCCGAUGAUGCGCGGUUAUGGAAGUGGAUAUCCUGACUAUAACGUUAAUUCUUCACAACAACAGCAGCUAACGUUAGCUAAAGACAUUCAGUACGGCUCGGCUACUCACGGCUGGGGACAACAACAAAGAAGUCACCCGACCAUGAGCCCGGGAAACAACGGGCAGGGCGGCGGACGACCUCAGGUGCCGGCGAUGGAUCCGAUGGGAAUGAAGCGCUCGCAGCUUUACGGCAUGAGCAACAACCCGUACUCCCAGCAGCAGGGUGCGUCGUACUCCGGCCAGCCCUACAGUGCUCCGUCCCCCCACAGAUACCCGAUGGGGAUGCCCAGCAGGGGGCAGAUGGGGAUGGGAGGGAUGCAGUACCCUCAGCAGCAGAUGGGUUCUCAGUACAGCCAACAGCAACAGAGCAUGGGUAGUUACUCUCAGCCAGGUCAGCCUCCGUACUUCAGCCCUCCACAGCAGCAGCCCGCUGCCCCGAGCCAGCCGCCGUACAUGCAGCCACGCCCACUGCCACAACAGGAGGUUCCUCAGGAGGCGUACGGGGGGCGGGGCCAGUCUGCCGCUAUGACUCCUGGGAAACCGAACCAUGAGGAGAUGAGUCUGAGCCAACAGGAGAGGCCGUCCAGCCUGCCGGAUUUAUCCGGCUCCAUCGAUGACUUGCCCACGGGCACAGAAGCAGCGGUGACUUCAGGGGCGUCGGGCUCCGGCAGCGCUCAGGGCGACCAGGGGACCCCGGCCCGUUCUCCUUUCUCCCCCCACGUCUCCCCUCGCCUCCCCCCGCCCGCUCGCUCCGGGCCCUCCCCUUCGCCCUCGCUGUCCCCAGCCGGCUCGAGCAACCAAUCACGAUCAGGACCGAUGUCCCCCGCCACCAGCGGACCAGGCUCUCAGUUGGCCCCUCAGCUCUCUGGUCCUGGAUCAGACGUUGGUCUUCAUCCCUCCCAUUCUGCCAUGACCCAGGACAGAGGUUUCCCUGCCUCCAUGCAGCGAAGCACUUUGGGGCAUCAGUUUGACCCCCAGCAGUCGGCACCACCCAUGUCCCCUCACACCGCGCCGGGGGGGCCCAUGCACCAUGGCUCCAACCAGCAGGGGGCCUCCUACGGCCUCUACGGCCCCCCAGGUAACUACCCUCGACCCCCCCACUAUGGGGGAACCCCCAGUACCAACUACAGCGGCCCGGGCCCCGGCUUAGCCAACAGCCUGGGUUUGAACGCCAGUAGUCCCAUGCACGGCCAGGGCCCGUCUACUCCAGCAGGUCGCGGCCCAGGGCCCGGGGCCGGGGGGCGGUCUUACCCCGCCGGAGGAAGCACCAUGGCCCCUACUUCCCCCGGCAUGCCACAGCCUGCCGGGCAGGGCAUGGGGCCCCCAGGGCCCAACGCCAGCAGCAAACAGCCUGAGGUCGGCCCUAACGCCGGGCCUAGUGCCAAUGCCAACGCCGCCCAGAGCAGGCAGGGCAGCUACCUGGGCAUGGCCCCGAUGGGAGGAAUGGGGGGAGGCCUGUACAGCCAGCAAACCAGCAGCAACUCUGGGAGGAUGACUCCGCAGGGACCCCCCUACAACGCUACAUCCUCAGGUGCCGUGAUGAUGAUGCCAGCAGACCUGACAGGACUGGGCGAGCUCGGCUACGAACCGCCCAAAACCAAGCCCCCCGUGUCCCCCAGCACCGCUGGUCUGUCCUUGUGUCCCGGAGAAGACGCUGAUAGCAUUAGCAGCUCCGCCUGGGCCAAGACGACAACCAGUUCCAAGCAGAACGUGGCCACCAUGACCAACGAGAAGAUCACCCGUCUGUACGAGAUGGGCGGCGAGCCGGAGAGGAAGCUGUGGGUCGACCGCUUCCUGUCCUUCAUGGAGGAGCGGGGGACGCCCGUCCCAAACCUGCCCGCCGUGGGGAGGAAACCUCUGGACCUCUGCAGACUCUACCUGGCUGUCCGAGAGAUCGGAGGUCUCGCCAUGGUGAAUAAAAAUAAGAAGUGGAGAGAGUUGUCGUCUCUGUUGAGCGUGGGGACGUCCAGCAGCUCGGCCAGCUCCCUGAAGAAGCAGUACAUCCAGUAUCUGUUCGCCUACGAGUGUAAGGUAGAGCGAGGGGAGGAGCCUCCGCCCGAGGCACCGGGCUGCGCCAGAGACGCCAAGAAACCUCCGUCGCUGCAGGCCAAGAUCCAGCCCCCUUCACCAGCCAACUCGGGCUCCCUGCAGGGCCCCAACAUCACUCAGUCCGAGGCCCCUGGAAACCUGAAGCCCCCGACCCCUGCCUUUACCCCGCACAGCCACAUGGGCCCCCAGCCCUCCACCCCUCACAGCCACAUGGGCCCCCAGCCCUCCACCCAUCACAGCCACAUGGGCCCUCAGACUGCAAACAGGAACAUGGCCGGCGUGAGCGUCCUGGACCCGUUCUCUGAAGGCAGCGAUCCAGCCUUCCACAACAAGCGAGGCCCGGGACCCCGCGGCGCCCCCUACCAGCAGGGAGGGGGCCCCACAGACCCCUCAAUGAGGAUGCAGUACAAUGCCAACAAAGACCCAUACGGAGGGCCCAGGAAAGGCCCGGGGCCCGGCGAGGCCUUUGGUCCGGGUCAGAUGCCCAGUGGUGCCAUGCAGGACGGGUACCCCCACGGGCCGCCCUCUGGGCCCCUUACAGGGAUGGACCCCAGGCCCCAGUACCCCUACGGCCCCGGAUACGAGCGGAGGCCGGACCAUGUCCUGGGGCCGGAUGGAGGCAUGGCGCCCCCUGGAGGUCAGAGCAGCGUAGCUCCAUCUGGAGGUGAGGCCGGCAUGUACACGGCCAACAGAUACACGCAGCAGAGACAUGGACAUGACGGUUAUGGGCAGCAGUAUCCUCACGGCAUGGCCUACAGUUCCCAUCAGCCCCUGUACCCUCCGCAGCAGGGUUACAAGCGUGCGAUGGAGGGCAUUUAUCCCCCUGCGAAGCGACAUGAGGGGGAGGGGUUUGCAACGCAGCAGUUUGGCUCCCAGCAACCUGACUUGUUCGGUCCGUACGGUGGAGGCAGCGACAGUGGGGGGGGCUACUUGGGCUCCGAGCAGCGGCCGGUGCAAGGCCAGUACCCAUAUCCAUACACCCGGGAGCGGCAGCACGGUAUGAUGGGCCCCGGGGAGGGGCCGCAGUCCAACAUGUGGCCCCCCAGGACUGACUAUGCAUACAGCCGGCAGGGCCAGGGGCCGGCGUACCCCAAUGUAAGCCGAGGAGACGAGCAGGAGGGCCGGGCACCACAGGACAGCCAGUGGCCCCCCGGGCAUCCCGGCCAAUGCCAGACCCCGUACCCCCAUUCCGCCUCCCGCUCCAUGUCCCCCCUGCCUUCCAGACAGCCCCCCUCCUCCUUCCAGGCCCUGCCCACCGCCCCAAACCAUGUGAGUCGAUCUCACAGCCCUUCCUCGUUCCCCCGCCCCCCGGGCGGCUCCCUGUCCCCCAACAGCGCUCCCUACCUGCCCUCCAUAAAGAAGCCAGGGCCCCCAGCCCCUCAGGGCCCCCCCAUCAUCCACGGGGAGCUCAGCUUCCCCCCCGGGUCUGUGGAGGCCACCGUCCCCAAACUGAAGCCACGACGCCGGCUCACCGCCAAGGACACAGGAACCCCGGAGGCGUGGCGGGUGAUGAUGUCACUGAAAUCCGGCCUAUUAGCAGAGAGCACCUGGGCUCUGGACGCCAUCAACAUCCUGCUGUACGACAACAGCACCGUGGGCUCCUUCAGCCUCUCACAGCUUCCUGGUUUCCUGGAGUUGAUCGUGGAGUUUUUCCGCCGCUGCCUCAUCAAGAUCUUCGGCAUCCUGGUAGAGUACGAGGUGGGAGCCGAGGGCCAGAGGACGCUGCUGGGACCGCUGCGUGACCCCCCCAAGGAAAAGGAGGAGGAAGUGACGGAGACGCCAUCUGACGGACAAACAGCCGAGGUUCAAAAGACACCAAAGACGGAGGAGGGAACGCUCCCAGCUGCAGCCGACAUUGAGAAAGAGGAAGCUGUUGUAAAAGAGGAAGUGCAGGUGGAGCCCCGCCCCCAACAGGCCAGCAAGUUCGACAAGCUGCCAAUCUUGGUGGAGGAGGAGGGGGAGGAGUGGGAGGAGAUGGAGAGGCGCUGGGCCGAGCUAAGCCAACCAAACGGCUUCAUCAGCGGCCUUCUACACUGGAAAGCCGGGGGAGGAGACUCCACCGCUCACAUCCAGACGGGAGACACAGUCGCCGUGGAGAGGGGGAGAGGAGACGAGGGGGGAGGGGAAGUAGACGAGGAGAGAGGCAAGGAGACAACACCUGAAACACAAAGAGGCUACCUGUGGGAGGGGGGGCGUCCCAGCCCGCUCAGCGAACUGGAGGACGAGCCUCGCUGCUGGGACGAGGCUCCUCUGUCCACGGCUGAGUCGUGGCAGGACUCUCUGGCCAGACGCUGCCUGUGCGUCUCCAACAUCGUGCGCGGCCUCUCCUUCGUCCCCGGCAACGACGCCGAGUUGUCGCGCCACGCCGGCCUGGUGCUGAUCCUCGGCCGGCUGGUGCUGCUGCACCACCAACACACACCCAGGAAGCGCACGGCGCCGGGGCUCCAGCAGGCGGAGGAGGCGGGGCUGGCGUGCAGCCGGGACGAGUGGCGCUGGGACUGCCUGGCGGCGCUGCGUGAGAACACGCUGGUGACGCUGGCCAACAUAGCGGGCCAGCUGGACCUGUCGCUGUACCCGGAGAGCAUCUGCCUGCCGCUGCUGGACGGGCUGCUGCACUGGAUGGUGUGCCCGUCGGCCGCCGCGCACGACCCGCCCUCCGCCUCGGCGCUGUCGCCGCACAGACUGGCGCUGGAGUGCCUCUGCAAGCUGAGCAUCCAGGACGGCAACGUGGACCUGCUGCUCGCCACGCCGCCCUUCAGCCGGCAGCAGACGCUCUUCGCCGCGCUGCUGCGCCUCGUCGGCGAGCGACGCAGCCAGGUGUGUCGGGAGAUGGCCGUCGCCCUGCUGGCCAACCUGGCGCAGGGCGACGCUGCGGCGGCGCGUGCCGUCGCGCUGCAGAAAGGCAGCGUGGGUACUCUGAUCGGCUUCCUGGAGGACGGUGUGGCCGCGGCGCAGUUCCAUCAGAGCGCGCAUGCCGGCGAGCCGCCGAGCGUCAACAUGAUGUGUCGCGCCGCCCGGGCACUGCUGGCCAUGGCGAGGGCGGACGACAACCGGACGCAGUUCGUGCUGCACGAGAGCCGGCUGCUGGACGUCUCGCUGUCGGCCGCGCUCGACGCAUCUGUGACGGCCGUCAUGUGCGAAGUACUCUUCAAAAUCGGCCGCUCGUGACUCGAACACGGCUCCGAUUCUAUUUUUAUUUAAAGAACACAGAUGUUUUUACUUACAAAUGAAUAUAGAGAGAAUAUAAAUAUAUCGGCUCCAUCCGCAGGAAUGUUUAUUUGGGAUUUUUAAGUAAUUUUAAUACAGACGAUGAAACUAUUUAAUGUAUUUUUAAUUUUUUAAAUCUUUAGUCUGUUUGUUUAGUUUUAACCAAAGUGUGAAGGUCAAAGUCUUGGCUUCUGGCUAUCCUUGUUUCUUUCAGUUUCCUGGGGGGGGGGGUCAGAGUUAUUUAAACGAUGACACGUGUUGUAGAUAGGCGUCUUUUUUUCUCACAACGGAGGAAACACUGAUGUUCAGUCACGUACUUUUUCUGUGCAAUAUGUACGUUUUAAUGUGAAUAAUUUGACCACCUGCAGUGCGUCCAUCAGUAUUUUGCCGCCAACAGUAUCGAACACCACUUUGUUUUAUAAGAACUUUUUAUGUCCUCUGCAAAUCUCCCAUCAUGCAUCUGUAAAUAGACAUAGAGAUGUACAUUUGAGCCCUGGUGAUGUACGUAGCUGAACGUUUAGUUCCUCUCUUCCCAGCAGGCGAAGACUCGGUUCUCUGUAUUUAAGGGGAACACCCUCUCGGUUUCAGGGUGGGUUUUGGUGGAAGGUGCGUUUGAUUUGAGAGACUCUGUGUGCAGUUAUCUGUACUCUUAACUGACACCACUUCAGAAACAGUUGUAACAAAAUGUCAAGUGAUGGGGGGGGGGUUAAGGAAAAGAAAAUCUCUCCAUCCCGAGUCUGUUUCAUUUCACAGAUGUUUAAUAAACGUACGUGAACUCUGGUUGAGCACUGAA